UUUUCCUCUUUUCAUCCAAUAAUUUCCUUUCAUCUUUCUUGGAAGUCCCAAAAUCAACCUUCGGUAAUUCCAUUUGGCAGCCAAAACCCUAAUCUGGAUCAAGCCCCAGGGUUUACCCUAACCGGACCCAGACCCAAACCACUCUGCUCAGAAAGUGUAAAUUUUUUUUAGCAUAGUUAAGGCGGCAAUGGAUGUGGGUAGUUUCAGCCCAGAUGAAAAGAGCAUCUGGGUAUGCUCUGUAAUGGAAGCUUUGGUGGCUGAGACUUUGGUUCUCGCGGGAAAGUCUCUUUCUUGCCUUCUCAUGCUGACAGGAUCAGUUGUGAAUGAUAUGAAUGCAUCACUUAAUUUGACUGCAGUGGACGAGAGGUUUCCAUUUGAUGAACUUCUAAAAAUGAAGCAUCCUGGUCCAGAAAACAAAGAUGCCAGUGAUACAGAGGAUGAUGACGAAGAUGAAGAGGAUGACAAAGCAGAUGAUCAAGAUGAUGAUGAUGGAGAUGAGGAUUUCUCAGCUGAAGAAGGUGAGGAAGGGGAUCCCGAGGAUGAUCCUGAGGCCAAUGGGGAGGGAGGCAGUGAUGAAGAGGAUGAUGAUGACGAUGAAGAAGAGGAGGACGAAGAAGACAAGAAUGGGGAGGAUGAAGAAGAGGAGGACGAAGACGAUGAGGAUGAUGAGGUUCCUCAGCCACCUUCUAAGAAGAGGAAGUAAAACUAAUAAUAGUCCAUUAGAUUUUGUAUUGUUUCUCCUUUUUUUCCUCUGGAUGAGAAACUUUUAGCAGGGAAGGAGAAUUCAGCUUGUUUGUUUGCAUAGAGUAGAAAAUUCCAUCCUUUGUUCUGAAAGAACCUUAUUUCUGGCAUUUGUAACGUUACAGGUGGUUAUGAUACGUAUUAUUGCAUCGUGGAUUAGCUUUCAUUCCCAUUUGUACUGUAGAACUUGACAUUGUUACCUGCAUCCAAGACUAGGAUUGCUUAAUGAUGUCUUGGGGCUUUUGUACUAGCCUGUGUGGCCUGAUGAAACAACAUACCGGUAAGUGGAAACUGAAGUUUAUUCACCAAGUCAAAUCAGCAAUUAA